AUGGCUUUUCAAGAUGUCUCUUCGGCAAAUCUUUCGGCAGUGAACGAAGCCACCAGUGAAAAGUUUGACGAAGUUGAUGCUGAGGGUGGAACACUACUACUAGAUAAUGGACGAAGAUGUGAAUCAGCAAAAUAUCGAAUUCCUGGAUUUGCUCAAGGUAGUGGCAGAGGGUAUGCUAAUGCUAAUGGUAUCUACGUGUUGACAUUGAACUGUGAUGAACGACGAUUGAGUAUCAUGUUUCCAAAUGGUCCACAACACGAUGACAUGGACGUUGAUCUUCUUCGUACGCCUUUUCCUUGGCGUUUCUGUGUUCAACUUAGUCGUCUCGGUGGUUGCUUAUCAUUAGUAUAA